AUGCACACCGAUUUAUCACGAAAUCGCCUCUCAGAAAUUCCUAUUGAAGCGUGUCAUUUUGUUUCUCUUGAAAAUCUCAACUUGUACCAAAAUUGUAUUCGGUAUAUCCCAGAAGCAAUUCUAAAUUUACAAGCACUAACAUUCUUAAAUGUUAGUCGGAACCAACUGUCAACAUUACCAGUACACUUGUGUAAUUUGCCGUUGAAAGUCUUAAUUGCUAGUAAUAACAAAUUGGUCUCACUUCCAGAAGAAAUUGGACGCCUCAGACAUUUGACAGAACUUGAUGUCAGCUGCAAUGAAAUUCAGACUGUACCUUCCCAAAUUGGUAAUCUGGAGGCUUUGCGAGACCUUAAUGUAAGAAGAAAUCACUUAGUACGUUUGCCCGAAGAGCUUGCAGAAUUGCCUUUGAUACGUUUAGACUUCUCCUGCAAUAAAAUCACAUCAAUCCCUGUUUGUUACCGGAACCUCAGGCACCUGCAGGUGAUCACCCUAGAUAACAACCCACUGCAGUCACCUCCUGCACAGAUAUGUAUAAAAGGCAAAAUCCACAUAUUUAAAUACCUGAACAUACAAGCUUGUAAGAUUACUCCAGACCUGCCGGAUUACGAUAGGAGACCCUUGGGCUUUGGCUCCUGCCAUGAAGAACUGUACUCAGGUCGCCCUUAUGGAGCCCUUGAUUCAGGUUUCAAUAGUGUGGACAGCGGUGAUAAGAGGUGGUCAGGGAAUGAGCCUACAGAUGAAUUUUCAGAUCUGCCUCUUCGGGUAGCAGAAAUUACUAAGGAACAAAGACUACGAAGAGAAAGCCAAUACCAAGAGAAUCGGAACAGUUUAGUUGUUACAAAUGGUGGAGUGGAACACGACUUGGAUCAGAUCGACUACAUUGACAGCUGUGCGGCCGAGGAAGAGGAGGAUGAAGCAAGACAGCCCCAGGGCCUAGACUCCGACAGCCUCAGCUCACAGUUCAUGGCGUACAUCGAACAGCGGCGGGUCUCUCAUGAGAGUUCACCAGUAAAGCCAACAGCCAUUAGGGAGUUUCAAAAACCAGAAGACAUGAGAAGAUAUUCACAUCAAAACAGGGUUCCAGUUGAGCCACCAUCUCUCUUGUCACUAUCACCAAACCACAAUCAGCUUCCACACACAGACUUGGAACUGCACCGGAGAAGAGAACAGUUGGUAGAGCGUGCUCGGCGAGAGGCACAGCUGGCAGCCCUGCAGUAUGAGGAAGAAAAAAUGAGAACCAAGCAGAUUCAGAGAGAGGCUGUCCUAGAUUUUGUCAAGCAAAAAGCAUCACAGAGUCCACAAAAACAGCAAUCCCCGAUGGAUAGUGAGUGUCCCUUCCCACCCAGAAGGUCUCAGCACACUGAUGAUAGUGCCUUGUUAGUGUCACUGUCAGGGUUGAAUCAAGUGGACUGUGCUGUUACCCUGCCUCAUUCUGCUGCCUUCAUGCCUCUUAAGAGUGAUGACAAACCUAAUGCUACAUCAAGUUCACCUACCGUGGAAACAGUUCAUCAUUCCACAUAUUCUUUUCCUGGUGCCACCCAGAGAAAUCAGCCUCCGCGCCCCGAGAGCUUUCUUUUCCGAGGAACCGUCAGGGCAGAAACAAAUAAAGGUCAUACUCCCUCCCUUCUCUCAUCUCCUGCACCUGCCACACAUUCUACAGAAUGCAUCACAAGACAGAGAGAAGAAGAGCUGAAAUUAAUAGAUCAGCUACGGAAACACAUUGAGUACCGGUUAAAAGUCUCUCUGCCUUGUGACCUUGGAGCGGCUCUAACUGAUGGUGUUGUUCUUUGCCAUUUGGCCAAUCAUGUGCGGCCUCGAUCUGUCCCAAGCAUUCAUGUUCCUUCACCAGCUGUGCCUAAAUUAACAAUGGCAAAAUGCAGGCGAAAUGUGGAGAAUUUCCUAGAAGCAUGCAGAAAGAUUGGUGUACCUCAGGAGCAAUUGUGCUUGCCUCUCCACAUUUUAGAAGAGAAAGGUUUGGGCCAGGUUGCAGUGACGGUGCAGGCCCUCCUGGCACUCGCUCCACCCAAGCAGCAGCAGCAGCAGCUGUCUGCCGUGUAAGGACCCUGAGACUGCGGGUACUGGCCUGGCCACCACACAAGCAGGACGCCAUGAUUGCUGCAGCUGGCCAUCCCAUCUGCUUAACCAGAGCUCUUACGUGUUCUAGAAGGGACCUUUCCACGAUUCCUACCGGGAAUGUUUGGCUUCAUUUCUCCAUUUUAGGGGAGGUUAUAUCCAUUUCCAUUGUUUUUGUUGUUGUUGUUGUUUGUUUUUUAAGACAUGGUUGGAUUUCUCAACUACAUCUUAUCACUACUGAGAAUCCUCAACGCAGCAGCCCCUGCUGACUGUGCUUUUCUAGAUGUGGGUUUGUUUCAUGUAGCAGAGCAUGGAAGGUGCGGGUGAGCUGUUACCUUCCCUGGCUCCCAAGACAGCCAGGAACCACUGCUUUCUCAUCAGUCAUGCAUGGGAAUCUCCCAAACAUUUGCAGUUUGCACUCGGUGGUUCCAGGGUGAAACCUAGGAAUCUGUUGUCCACAUUCUUUGCAGUGGUUUUCAUGUGGUAGAGACCACAGCUUCAAGUUGGAUCUGUGUAGGGGAGGGGACACUGCCUUCCCUGCAUUUCAGCCACAUUUAAAAUCAAAAGCUAUGUGAAGAUGACUCAUAAAAUAAGAAUACAGCCUAGAUUCUGCACUCUGGGUAGGGUUGUGUCUAAAGCAGUGUUCCGGCCACCCUGUGAUUCCAGUCACUGCCACCUCAUCUUCCUGCUGUCGAGGAUGGCCCUGGAGCAGCCCCCUGUCGCACUCCACACACAGGUUCCGAGUCCCCACACUGGUGACUUGCACUCCUCUGCACUGUUUGCACGGCACACCGCAGCCCCACAAACACUUAACUCCCUGGCCAGCGGAAGAUGAGGGACAAAGCAAGGGGGCGGAAGGGGAGCCAGGUUUCCUGUACCUGUCAGGUGACCGCCAGUUCCCUGGUUGGGUGAGAGCACAGGGCUUCUUAGGAACACUCCUUUCUCUGUCCCUGUCGUGGACUCCAGCCCCCAAUGCCUUCUGUGCCCAACUGUUGGGAGCAAAAGGACCGAAGGCUCAUGGCACCAAGGCAGACAGAGCCUUUAUCAAGCUUAAACCAAACAAGGUCUAAACCAUGAACCUUUUUAGUUGUCAGUGACAGCUUUUGGUGUUCACUCCCUUUGUAAACCAAAUAGAGUAAGCACGGCUUCUAGUUAUUUAGUGAUCUUUCCCUUUUGUAUCUGUUCUGGAUUUUAUCAGUACACGCAUCUAGGCAUCCCGUCAGCCCUCUCCAUCAUGUAAGUGCUGCAACUCAAAGCUUUGGGUAAAGUCAUUCUGUUUAUCUGGUCAUGUUUUCUCUGUGUUCAAGUUUAACUUUAUGUAACAACUAUCUGAGCUGAAAGCCCAAUCCAUAAAUCCUCACAGAAUGAAAGUAAAAUGUUGAUAAAUGCUAGAGCCAGACCCACUAAACUUACAGUUCCAGGCACACCCACCAACUAUGUAUCUUGGUGCAAAUUUAGCAGUAUUUUUUUAACUAGA